CAAUGGGGAAUGCCGGAGAGAGCAGUGCUCCAUUGCUCGGGGGAGAGGGAGAGAACGAGGGAGAAAUAGAGGGCAGUUUGGUGAGGGAAGCGGUGGAGGAAUCAAAGAAACUGUGGAAGAUUGUAGCCCCUGUUGUAGUUUGUAGGGUGUCGUCAGCAGGCAUGAAUGUUGUUACUCAGGCUUUUGCGGGGCGCCUUGGUGAACUAGAGCUUGCAUCCAUUUCUAUCUCUGUUACUGUCGUUAUUGGCUUCAGCUUUGGACUUGUGCUCGGCAUGGCAAGUGCUUUAGAGACAUUAUGUGGUCAGGCCUACGGCGCAAAGAAAUACCACAUGUUAGGAAUUUACCUCCAAAGAUCAUGGAUCAUCCUCUUCUUCUGCACUCUCCUCUCAAUCCCAUUCUACAUCUACACUACUCCAAUCCUCGAACUUAUCGGUCAACCUCCAGAUAUCGCUCGCCAAGCCGGUCAACUCUCACUCUGGUUCAUCCCUUUACAGUUCUCGUUCGUGCUAUUAUUACCACAGCAGAAGUUUCUUCAAAGCCAACACAAGAACUUGGUCAGUGCUGUGAUUUCCGCGGCCGCGUUUUUGCUCCAUGUUUUGAUCAGUUGGAUUUUGAUGCACAAAUUGAGGCUCGGGCUUGUUGCUGCUGCGCUGAGCCUGAACUUCUCGUGGUGGAUAACUGCGGUGGCUCAGUUUGCGUACAUCGUUUACGGUUGUCCGCUCACCUGGAAUGGAUUUUCGAUCGACGCUUUCUCGGGACUUUGGAAGUUCUUCAAGUUAUCGCUGGCAUCGGGCGUUAUGUUAUGCUUGGAGUACUGGUAUUAUAGAGCAUUGAUCUUAUUGGCGGGUAAUCUAAAGAACGUCAAAACUGCAGUCGAUGCCCUAUCCAUUUGCAUGAACAUAAAUAGCUGGGAAGUGAUGAUCCCAGUAGCAUUUUUAGCUGGAAUUGGAGUUCGAGUAUCAAAUGAACUUGGUUCAGGGAAUGGAAAGGGUGCCAAGUUUGCGACAAUUGUGGCCGUGCUAAACUCGUCCUUAAUUGGGAUUUUCUUUUGUUGUUUGAUGUUGGUAUUCCACGAUAAAUAUGGCUUAUUUUUCACAAGCAGUGAAAUUGUGCUCAGUUUGGCUGACAAACUCUCAGUUUUAUUAGCAUUUACCAACCUCCUCAAUAGUAUCCAACCAGUACUCUCCGGAGUUGCGAUUGGUUCGGGAUGGCAAGCGACCGUGGCUUAUGUAAAUGUCGGAAGUUAUUAUCUCGUCGGUGCCCCUGUUGGGAUUUUUCUUGGAUGGAUCAUGAAGCUUGAGGUUCUGGGUCUUUGGACUGGGUUGAUCGGAGGAACUCUUGUACAAACGCUGAUCUUAGCCUUUUUCACUGCAAGAUGUAAUUGGGACAAUGAAGCACUAAAAGCCAGUGCUAGAGUCACGAAGUGGGAUGUCCCAGAGUUAAGCAAGCAGGGAAGCUAACAAAGUGGAAUUUUUAUUUUAUUUUUGAGGAAUUUUAAUGUGGUGUAUAGUCCCAGAUAUUUGAUUUGAAAUUGUUCUUUUCUAGUUAGUGUGGUUCGCACUUUAAAGGCAAGUUGCUUGGCUUUUGAUGGCAUCGGAUUGUUACGAGAUGCAACGUAUCAGUUAUGUUUGAAUCGACAAAUAUAUGUUAUUGCGUUUCGAUGGCGAUUCAAUCGCUAUCUUGAAGGAA